UUUUUUUUUUUUGUUUUUUUUAUUGGAAUUACAAAUUUAAACUGUUUGUGGAUUGUUUUGUUGAAAGGCCAAAAGCAUGGGCUUUUAAUCUGAUGCUUGUUGCUGAUCCAGGUGUUGUGAGUGUUGCAUGCAAGUCCACGUCUAUAACAACAACGCUAAAAUGGAUCAAAACCAGCAUGUUCAACCAGCACAAGAAGCAUAUGGCGAAAACCAAUAUCAAUCUAACCCCGUGACGACACCUACCGUUCUUCCAACUCAGACAUCUGAUUCUUCUCUUUCAUCAUCCUACCCAAGACAGCACCCAAAUGAUCCCCAAUUGGAAGCCAUGUACGAGCUACGACAAGAACGCUUGCAACAACAACUCAACAACUUCUGGGCAAAACAGUGCCAGGAAAUCCAGGAGGCCACUGAUUUAAGGACUCACAGCUUGCCUUUGGCUAGGAUUAAGAAGAUUAUGAAGUCUGAUGAGGAUGUAAAGCUGGUAUCAGCUGAGGCUCCGGUGGUGUUUGCCAAGGCUUGUGAAAUGUUCAUUAUGGAGCUCACUUUGAGGGCUUGGGCUAAUGUUGAGGAGGACCAAAGGAAGAUAAUUAAGAAGCAUGACAUUGCAUCUUCAAUCUCAAGGGCAGAUGUGUUUGAUUUUCUUAUUGAUACUGUCCCCAGGCCGCUUGAAAAUAUAUUGGAUCAACAAGGGUUUGUAGGCCUACCAACAAGCACUGUUCCAACUCCAUUGAAUGAUGCUUGCUAUCAUAAUCCCCCUCCUCAGGCGCUUGUUCCGGGCAAUCCAUAUGGUUCUCCAAGAAUAGCUGUGGGAAUGCCUAUUCUUGAUCAAAAUCAUCCUGGGCUGCAAAUCCAUCAUUUUCUAACUCCAAUGGAGCCCACCCCCACCCCCACCCCCAAUCCCCAAAACCCUUCUCCUAGUUCGGAUUGUUGAACAAAUAAUAUCUCAUUAGCGAAAACAAUGGUAAUUAAGGAUACAUAAGAUCAAUUUGUUUAGCUUUAAGUGAGACCUUUAUUUUGUGUUCCUUUAAUUUCUAAUGGUAUGUUAGUUAAUGUUGUAGCU